GUUUUUUGUUUUUAUUUUAUUUUCUCCUUCUUCUUUUCCCCUUCCCAUUCCGAUCGAUCGUGUGUUACUCACAAACCCGCCGCCUUCCUCUUUUUGCUACGACCUUCCUUCCUCUUGCACCUUUGCAAAAAGAGACGAGGUCUCGCGCAUCUUCCUCGCUCCUCGUUGCUCCGUUCUUUGCUUCAUUCGCCCCCCUCCUUGCCUCUUUUUUGGCCCCCUCUUCCCCUCCCCUAAUUGCGCAAGAGACAUCAUCAUGGCCACCAACGGUACCACCAAUGGCGAAACCGGCGCAAAUGCUGCCGCCGCCGCCGCCGCCCCGGCACCCGUCGACACCACCCAUACCCCGUCGCAGCGCUAUCUGAGCACUCGCGGAGAAGACAGCGGCUUCUCCUUCGAGGAGGUCGUUCUCAAGGGCCUCGCUACUGACGGCGGCCUGUUCAUCCCCGAGCACAUCCCCCAAGUCGACGAUUGGCAGUCCUGGAAGGACCUGUCCUUCCCUGACUUGGCCCACAAGAUCCUGUCUCUGUACAUCUCCCCCUCUGAGAUCCCCUCCGCCGACCUCAAGGGCAUCAUCGACCGAAGUUACUCCACCUUCAGAGCUCCCGAGACCACCCCGCUUCGUCACCUCCACGACAAUCUCCACCUCCUCGAGCUAUUCCACGGCCCAACCUUUGCCUUCAAGGACGUCGCCCUGCAGUUCCUCGGCAACCUGUUUGAAUACUUCCUCGUGCGCAAGAACGAGGGCAAGACUGGAACGGACAGGCAUCAUUUGACCGUCGUCGGUGCCACGAGCGGCGACACCGGCUCCGCCGCCAUCUACGGCCUGCGAGGCAAGAAGGAUGUCUCCGUCUUCAUCCUCCACCCCAAGGGCCGCGUGAGCCCCAUCCAGGAGGCCCAAAUGACUACCGUCCUGGACAACAAUGUCCACAACCUUGCCGUUACCGGCACCUUUGACGAUUGCCAAGACAUCGUCAAGGCCCUGUUCGCCGACCCCGAUAUCAACUCGACCCACAACCUCGGCGCGGUCAACUCCAUCAACUGGGCCCGCAUCCUUGCCCAGAUCGUUUACUACUUCCACUCCUACUUCUCCCUCGCCAAGUCCUCUGAUUCCUUCAAGCUUGGCGACAAGGUCCGCUUCGUCGUGCCAACGGGUAACUUUGGCGACAUCCUCGCCGGCUACUUCGCCUUCCGCAUGGGUCUCCCCGUCGACAAGCUCGUCAUCGCGACCAACGAGAACGAUAUCCUGCACCGCUUCUGGACGACGGGCAAGUACGAGAAACAGCCCGCUCCUCCCUCUGAGGCCACCGGUGGCCUCGCCCAGGAUGGUGUCAAGGCGCACGAGGACGGUGUCAAGGAAACACUCAGCCCGGCCAUGGACAUUCUCGUCUCAAGUAACUUUGAGCGUCUGCUGUGGUUCCUGGCCUACGAAUUCGCCUCCAGCGCUGGCAUGGACGAUGAGUGGAACAAGAGGCAGGCCGGCCAGGAGGUCUCAGCUUGGCUCAAGGACCUCAAGACCAAGGGCGGCUUUGGCCCGGUCUACCAGGACGUUCUCAACUCUGCUCGUCGUGAUUUCGAGAGCGAGCGCGUCAGCGACUCUCAGACCGUUGAGACCAUCAAGGGUUACUACAACAAGAUCGGAUACGUCCUGGACCCCCACUCUGCCAUUGGUGUGUCCGCCUCAGAGCGAUCCAUCAGCCGCGCCGGAGCCGACGUGCCGCACAUCUCGCUCUCGACGGCUCACCCGGCCAAAUUUGCUGGUGCGGUCGACCUGGCUCUCAAGGAAGAGCCCGGAUUCAACUUCCAGGAGAAGGUCCUGCCCUCCGAGUUCGUCGGCCUGGAGGAGAAGGAGAGGAGGGUAACCGAGAUCGCCAACGACUGGCAGAAGGUUCGUGAGGCUGUCAGGGCUCAGGUCGACGAGGAGCUCAAGGCUGCCGCCGAGAGCUGAGUUUUGGGUCGUCAUAACACAUAAGGAGCAUGAAAACAUACAAGCCACCUGCCGCGGAGUUUAGUUUCGCUUUGUUUUAUUCCCCCAGAAGCGCAACGGAGCAGAGAGGAGAAAAACAAAGACAAAGAACAAGAGGCACAUGUCGUUUGGUUGGGCGCGUUUCCACUGCGGGUAGUCUGGCUGCAAUUGGCAUACCAGCACUGCAUCAAACGUGUUUGGUUUACCCAUUUGAUCAUGCCCAAUAGAUCACCAAACCAACAAGAUUGUGCCAGCGGAGGACAAAGAGAGGGGGCGCCAAAAUGAUGGGAGGAUAGGUCUUGGUGGGCGCAUUUGCAUUGCAUGGGGAAGGGGUCGCGGUCUUUGGCCAGUGUGUGCUAUUGAAAUUCUCUUAUUACCCAGCACACACAAACACACACACAUACACACGCAAACAAACAAGCAGGCGCUUCAUGCAGAGCGGAAGACCACGCGAAUGAUACACGAUUUCGAAGCCUGGGAAACACAACUCUCCUCACCGACUGCGUGCUUGUGACGGAUGAUGUCAGAUAGAGUGCGUGGAGAGGAAUGAAGCUGCGGUCCCAAGAUGUCGACAGCCGCCGGUUUGGCAAGAGGGAGACGCGGACAUACGUACGCAUGUGCCAUUGACACCGUUUGGCGGGGACGGGCAUGGCGUGUUGCCGCAGACAUUGUUGGGUUUCCCCCCCUCACAGGUUUUGGUGGGAAAGCAUCCAUGUGGGUAGGUAUUGCUUGGGCGGGAAGCUUAU